UUGCAUUGUGGGUAGGCGGAAAAGGCUCAAACCGUGAACGACGAGCGCACGUUGCAGAGGUGACCAAGAAACUACAAGAAAGACACGGUUUUCAAGAUCAAGUCCAGGAAAGUUAUUAAACAUGUCCAUCGGCGUACCGAUCAAGGUCCUGCAUGAGGCGGAGGGACACAUCGUGACCUGCGAGACCAACACUGGAGAAGUUUACCGGGGGAAGCUCAUUGAAGCCGAGGACAACAUGAACUGCCAGAUGUCCAAUAUCACUGUGACUUAUCGUGAUGGCCGGGUGGCACAGUUGGAGCAAGUUUACAUCCGCGGCAGCAAAAUCCGUUUUCUGAUCUUACCUGAUAUGUUAAAGAAUGCCCCGAUGUUAAAGAGUAUGAAGAACAAGAACCAGGGAUCCGGUGCAGGACGGGGCAAGGCAGCUAUUCUUAAAGCACAAGUGGCUGCAAGAGGGCGAGGUCGUGGUGGAAUUGGUCGAGGCAACAUCUUCCAGAAGAGACGAUAGCUGUCUUGGUCAUUUAUCUUGUCAUUAUCUUGUGUUUGAAUCGCUUGGGUAUUUGCAAUUUUGUGCUUUUCCAAUUGUGUUUUUUCUUUCUUUUUUUUUCUUAUUAAAAUAAACCCAUUUUAGAUUA